UCUCUGUACUUUGUACCCACCUAGUUUAUAUGUAGUGUCAUCGCUUUGAGAUCAAAAUGGAGAAAGUCAUUCUUAUCAAUGUGUUUGUAACUGUAUGCCUAUUUUCGGAUUUAAACGCACGCCCGGCCAAGCCUAAUUGUCCGCCAGACAAACCGACAGUAUAUUGCUUUGUUAAUCCGUGCGACGAAUCUUCGUGUGCAGUUAAAGGAUCAUCCUGUCGGUCUAAUUCGUGUGGGGGCUGUCAUGCCAUUUGGUCCGACCCUAGUGGUACACAUCUUGACGACGUCCAGUGUACAACGACUCCAAACACAACUCCGACUACCACUCCGAAACCAUCUACGACCACACGAACGACUCCAACCACAACUCCGAAACCAUCUACGACCAUCGAAGAACUCCAAAACCAACUACGACUACCACUCUAUGAACAACUGUGACUACCACUCCAAACUCAACAUCGACCAACGAACGACUCCAAAAACAACUCCGACUGCCAAUCCAAACUACCACCACGACUACCAGUCCGAAAACAACUGUAACUAAGGCUCCAAAACCAACUACGUCAAGCACUAAAAAAACAACUGCGACUAUCAUUUCGAAACAACUCCAACCUACUUUUCCAAAAUACUUGCAACAUCAACCCCAACCGGAACUCACACGUUGCAAAUUUCCUCUGCGACAACUAUAAGUCAAACAAGUUCCGUUCUAGAUCCAGUUAUUGUAUACAACAGGGAUGCGACUUUUUCUGGAGAAGAUAUAGUUGUUGUGAUGCCAGUGCUUUCUUUAAGCAAAGCACAUGGGUUCGCGAUUGGCUUGAUCAGUUCAACUUUGACUGGAGCUUGUAUAUUCACAUAUUCCAUGUUUCACGAAAUAACAAUAUGACUCAUCCCCGUGUUGUUGGCGUAAAACUGACCUGUUUGUCAUUCAAUAAAAGUAAAAUAUCAUAUAACAAACUUCUAAAAUUCCCAUCAGAACAUCUACGCAGCAACGAAGAUGUCGUUGUUUGUCAGUGUUCUGGAUUGUCAAUAAAAUGGAAUUCAAUGUUAGAUGAUGUUGAAUGACUGCUCUCGUAUUUGAUAUGGAACCCAAAGAAGACAUUUUUAUUCAAACAUCAAACAACCAACACAGCAUAAUAAAAAGUAUACUUCCAACGAACCGAUAACGCGAAAAGUCAAAAGUAAUAGAAACGUUAUUCCGUCUUUGCGUAUUGCAGAGUUAUCUUCUCUUGGGAGCAGGUAUUGAUUGUUACGUAAAUACGCAAA